UGCUGAUCAAGAGCUCCGAAAAUCUGGCCAAAACACUCUGCCAGAGCUCCGUCGACGUGGUAUAGUACCAGCCCGAUCCCAACCCGUGCCCAAUCAUCCGCUGUACUCUCCAAGACUCGCCGCUCCCUGCUGGAACCAUCUUGGGUUCAUCGCGCGCCUACAACCUCUUGCAAAUUCGGACACCGCGUCAUAUAAUUUUCUUUCACAUAAGCCUUAAACAACCGCCAAGAUGCCGUCCAUGUGGAUGACAGAUAACCAAAAAAUUGGGGUCAUAUUCUGCUCCGGUGGAGGCCUAUUCUUAUUCGGUGGAGUGCUCAUGUUCUUCGAUCGAUCAUUACUCGCGAUGGGAAACAUCCUCUUUCUAAUCGGCCUAACGCUUAUAAUUGGAUUUGAAAAAACCCUCGCGUUCUUCUCGCGCCGCCAAAAGCUCAAGGGCACUGCCGGAUUCGCCCUCGGCAUUAUCCUGAUCCUACUCCGGUGGCCCUUAACCGGGUUUCUGAUUGAACUUUACGGCCUCUUCAUCCUCUUUGGCGACUUUUUGGUCACGAUUGGCCAGUUCGCUGGGAAUAUCCCAGUUGUUGGGCCCUUCAUCCAGCGGGGUUUGGAAACGCUCGCAGGUGGGAGGAGGAAUGCUGAGUUGCCGGUUUAGUAUGACUAGUGCCUACACAGCUUUCUUUUGUGCAUGGGGCUGCUAGGUUCCAGGUUUUAUUUCAGGUCGCUUGGGUCAAGAAGGGCCAUGUCAAAACUGGGUUUGGGCGUGGUGUCUUACCUAGCGUUGCCACUGGCGGUCCGGCUGCAACUAACUAGAUUUGGAGGGCGAAAAGGGUGUCUUUCAAUAAUGUCUAUAUCACUACGAUUACGUACUAUUAUAUCUACUAUAAUGACUGCGGUAUGCCGGGGUCUGAAAUCUCGGUGCACUGCUUAAUAUCAUGAGAUAGGAAUGAAUUCUAGGCAAGUUGAACAAACGUACAGAAGAAAUAAAACCAAACG